ACAUGAGCAACAUAAUGUUCCUCGUAAUCACUCUUCUCUUUCUUUCAACCAGAUCAACUGGAGUCGUCGGAGACACUCUGUUCGCUGGAGUUUGUGACGGUAGAAACGGAGACAAUCUUCCAUCUCCGACCCAAACAAUAUCUCUUUACCAGAAAAUCAACAUCGGUUGGAUAAGACUGUACGAGCCAUUCCCUGACCUCCUCAACUCCUUACAAGGAACCGGUCUUCUCGUAGCCGUCGGACCAAAAAACGAAGAGAUCAAAACAUUAGCCGAUCAAUACGAGUACGCCGUAAAUUGGGUCAAAACGUUUAUAGCACCAUACAACGUCUCUUUCAAUUGGAUCACGGUGGGAAACGAAGUGAUCCAAAGUGAGAUCGGACGGUACGUUCCACAAGCAAUGAGACAUAUAAAAGCUGCGUUGACCCAAACCGGAAUCUCAAGAACGAUCCACGUCACCACGGUCUUAUCCACAGCCGCGCUCGCUAACUCUUAUCCACCAUCAGCCGGAGUAUUUAAACCGCAAAUAACCGAAGUUUUAACCGAAAUCGCAUCGGUUCUAAGCUCUACUGAUUCACCACUCAUGGUCAACAUAUACCCUUAUUUCGCAUACGCGUCUGACCCUAGCCACGUGUCGUUAGCGUACGCCACGUUCGGUUCAGAUAAACCGGUCGUGAUCGACGGGAAUUACCAAUACACGAACAUAUUCGAUGCAGCUGUGGACAGUUUCAACGCGGCGUUGGAGAAACUCGGACACGGAGGUGUGAAAGUGUACGUGGCCGAGACGGGUUGGCCUACGAGAGGUAACCCUCCGUACACGAGCGUGGAGAACGCACGUGCGUAUAAUCAGGGGUUGCUUAAGAAACUUACCACGGGUGCUAGGGCUACGCCGAGGCGGCCUCAGGUUCCUGUGGUGACGUUUUUCUUUGAGAUGUUCAAUGAGGAUUUGAAGCAAGGAGAGGUUGAACAGAGCUUCGGAUUCUUCACUCCAAACAUGGUUCCUGUCUAUGAUAUGUGGAAUGUUAAGUGUCUCUAGCUAGGAACAGAGAAACCCAAAUCCUAGUUUGGUCAUUUGAUCAUCUAAUCUGA